GGGGGAGGCGGUCAGAAAGUGUAGUAGCAGCCUGCAGCCGGUGGCUGAAAAGAUACGCGACAGAUGCGGAUGAAGCGCAUUCAGAAGUACACGGAUCAGAUACUUAAAACUUAACCACUCCUAUUAUCACCUUUUUUUUUUUUCACUUGAAACUCUGGAAAUCAGACUGUUGUGAACACUGAAGGCUGAAUCCCCUUGUUGAUGGAAAUGCCACAAAAUCCAAGGGGAGAAAACACCUUUAUUUCAACCCAGUCGUUUGUUUUUUCCAGCAUACCCACUCCAGCUGAGAAUGGAUUUGACAUCGACUCUCCGGGCACCAAAGAGCUAUGUCGCACACCCUUGAGCAAUGGCACUGUACUUUCAAAUGCUAACAGUCCUUUAGACUCCUGCAUGCAGCCCCUCUGCAAUGCCACAUCUGGCAAAUCCAGCCCCUGUAGUGAAGAAGUCAAAUAUGUGUCUUCAGAGGGAGAAAACAUUGCCUGUGGCUGGGGGGCUUUCACCCCUGAUUGUUUACAGUUUUUCAAUACACCCAAAGGAAUACUCUUCUUCCUCUGCAUGGCCUCCUUUCUUCAGGGGAUGACGGUGAACGGCUUCAUCAACACAGUCAUCACCUCCAUAGAGCGUCGCUAUGACCUCCACAGUUACCAGAGCGGUCUUAUUGCCAGCUCCUAUGACAUAGCAGCUUGUGUCUGUCUGACCUUUGUCAGCUACUUUGGAGGCACUGGACACAAACCCAGGUGGCUUGGGUGGGGGGUGUUGGUAAUGGGGGUUGGCUCCUUUGUCUUUGCUUUGCCUCAGUUUACCACCGGUAAUUAUGAAGUGAACUUCUCACAAGAGUUUGGAACAUGUGGCUCAAAUCAAAAUAUAUCCUGUGCAGGAAGUACCUCAAGCCUCUCCAACUACAGGUUUGUCUUCAUGCUCGGGCAAUUCCUUCAUGGGAUUGGUGCAACACCACUGUACACUCUGGGAGUGACCUAUCUCGAUGAAAAUGUCAAGUCAAACUACUCUCCAGUCUAUAUUGCAAUUUUCUAUACAGCUGCAAUUCUUGGUCCUGCAGCAGGUUACCUGAUCGGAGGCGCACUGCUGAACAUUUACACUGAAAUUGGCAGGCCGACUGAACUAACUACAGAAAACCCUUUGUGGGUUGGGGCCUGGUGGAUUGGGUUCCUGGGGGCUGGUGCAUCUGCCUUCCUCAUUUCCAUCCCCAUCCUUGGCUACCCUCGUCAGUUGCCAGGAUCUCAGCGGUAUGUGGUAAUGAGGGUGUCUGAAACACAUCAGUUAAAGGAUGGGAGCCAUAAGACGGCAUCUGAUCCAGACUUUGGGAAAACAGUCAAAGACCUGCCUCUCUCACUCUGGCUGCUGCUUCGAAACCCUACAUUCAUCCUGCUCUGCUUAGCUGGGGCAACGGAGGCCACCCUCAUUGCUGGCAUGUCAACUUUUGGACCCAAGUUCCUCGAAUCACAGUUCAGUUUAAGUGCUUCUGAAGCUGCUACCUUAUUCGGUUACCUGGUGGUACCAGCAGGGGGAGGAGGUACAUUCCUUGGUGGAUUCUUCGUGAACAAAUUUAAGCUCCGCUGCUCAGGAAUUAUUAAGUUCUGCCUUUUUUGCACAUUGAUAAGCCUGUUAGCAAUCUGCAUAUUUUUCAUGCACUGUCCAAACAUGCCUAUGGCUGGUGUGACACUUAAGUAUAAUGGGAGUGUGUUGCCAGAAGGCAGUCUACAGCUGUUGGCUUCCUGCAAUGAGAAAUGUGGGUGUCUGAGGGAGAUCUACAGUCCGGUGUGUGGUACAGACAAUGUGAUGUACUACUCUCCCUGCCAUGCUGGGUGCUCCACAGUGUCCGUACUUCCAGAAGGGGACAAGAAGGUUUACCGUGACUGUAGCUGUAUUCCUCAGCAUUUCCCUUCUCGUUUGGGUCAUGCUACAGCAGGGAAAUGCACUUCAUCUUGUCAGAGAAAGUCCCUUCUUCUGGUUUUCGUAUUCGUUGUAAUUUUAUUUACAUUCCUAAGCAGCAUUCCUGCUUUAACUGCAACUUUACGGUGUGUCUCUGACCGGCAGAGAUCCUUUGCACUAGGAAUUCAAUGGAUUGUAGUACGCACUCUAGGUGGAAUUCCAGGCCCAAUCGCCUUUGGCUGGGUGAUUGAUAAAGCUUGCUUACUCUGGCAGGACCAAUGCGGAGAUCAGGGAUCCUGCUACAUUUAUCAGAACUCUGCCAUGAGCCACUACACCCUCAUUGCCGGAAUUGUUUACAAGGUGUUUGGGAUUGUUUUCUUUGGCUCAGCCUAUUUGCUGUAUAAGCCACCAAGAGGCUCCUCAGACUCCCCAGUAGCAUCUCCUCCCAGCAGUUCAAGUGCUUCUGAAAAUACCACUGACCUCCAGGAGCGUGGCUCUGUCCUACAAACCCAGAACAGUGUUUAAACAUUGCGCUGUGUCUCUCCGUAUCAGCCCCACGUCCCAAUGUAUUGCUGAAAUCCCCAUUUAAUUUCAUCACUUACAUCUGUACCCAAUAGUGUGAGUUUUUCCCAGAAGGGCUAACUAAGCACUUAUUUAUUCUUCUUAACAGAACUGAUAGACCAUUCUGAAGUGCUCCAAUCCAUUUUUACCCUCUAAAAAGCACAUGUUGGACUCUCAUGUUUGAGAGUAACUGAAAAACUUCUUAUUAUUGAGACAAACUGAUGGGUUAAGUUUUGAUUUCCUCAGUGAAGGAAAGUAAACUUGUUCUAGUCACAGGUAAGCACGAUGGGAGAAAGAAGGGAAGAAUGAGGCCAGCCCUGGACAUAGGAGAAGAGCAUGAAGUUCCUCUGUUCUAACUCUGCCUCCUCAUAAGAAAAGGUGGUAGCAGGAAGAAGAAACUAAACAGCAGAAACAGGAAGGAAACAAUGGCCUGGACUUCAUGGGAAGUCAGGAGGGCCUGUCUGAAUCCACCACUACCACCACCAUCACCAUACAUGACUUCAUAGUUGCCAUUCAGGGUGUCUUAGAAGGACUCCUAUUUGAUCUUGGGAGCUGAAGACUCAGCCAGGUCAGCACAAGGAAUGUCAGACCCUACCUUGGUCUUCCUUAUGUUCUGUCACUGCCAAAGCCUCUGAUCGUGUACCCUUUCCUAAGCUCCUUUGGUUCCUCAACUGUGGUUUCUAUUUCAGUAUACUUUUUUUGAAACAGGUGGUCUUGGAAGACAUCUAAGGAUCCACUUGAAUGCAUUGAAAGCUUUUUUUUUUUAAAUAGAGACACGAAACAAGGAUCUAUGCAAUUUUAGAUUAGCUUUUAAAAAACUAUCAAAUGGCUGAGUUUGUUUGAGAGUAUGUGUGAAUUUUGGAAUUUGUUGUUGGAGUAUUUUUUUGGAGGGAGGGGGGAAAUUAGUUUGAUGGUUUCUUCAUAGGCUCCCUGAUAUGUAGACUUUUAAAAAAUGUGCUGUAUUUUUCAUUGAAUCUUAUUGGUGAAUGUACAAAAUUAUUGUUCUUUCUUGGAGAAAACUACUGAUAAGCUGUCUAGUAGGAAGAUAGAGCCAAACCUCUCUCUCUCUCUCUCUCUCUCUCUCUCUCUCUCUCUCUCUCUCUCUCUCUCUGUAUGUCUCUCUCUCUCAGCCUCAUAUUUGUACACAUAAGCACAACUGGUAUUUAUUUAUGAAGAUAUUGCCCAGUAUGACUUCAAUCCUGAGUGUGACAAAGGAAACUUUUCUACCUACAAAUAGAUCCUCUGGAGGCCCUUUUAAAAAUCAGUCCACUGAAUCAAGUUACAGUCCAUCACGGCCUCGGUUGUCUUCAUAAAUUGCCUACACUUUGAUUUUUUUAAGUAUGUGUUCUGACAGGGAAAGGCAUGAAAGCAGUUAAGCUAUAGUACCAUGAGAAAUGGUUUUCCUUUGUGUAUAUCUUUUUUCUUUUUGCUGACCAUUACAAUGUAGGAGAACUGCUCUGUAACCACAUUGCCCCCCUCAAGCACUCACUGGAGUUUUCCUUGACCAUUUAGUCUGCAGUGAAUACUUGACUUGGACCAUUACGGGAGGAGCCUUUGAGAAGGGGGCCAUUCACACAGAUAAAGUGAGACAUAAUUUAAGUAAAUAUUUAUGAAGCUGCAGCUUUUAGGCCAGAUAGCUAGUGUAUAGAAAGUGUGACUAAACUGGAUGCUCAGAUGUGAAGCUCAUGAUAUGUGCUGGUAUAAAAUCAGGAGCUUAAACUUCAUAAAAAGUUUGUGUGCAUUUACCAUGUCCUCGAUGAAAUUGUAUGUAUGUACAUGUGCUGUAUUUUUAAUAUUUAAAGAUUUCCACCCCCUCCACAACAAAGUCCUAUAUUUCUAUGAAUUCUGAAUUGACUAGUUUUUUAACAAGGUCUUUGUAUAAACUUUAUUAGCUCUAAACUUGGUUAAAGGGCAAAGAGCACUUCUGACCUCAUGGGCCACCCAGCCGAAAUGCCAAGUGCCAUCCUAGGUUCUUUUUGUUUUCCUGUGUCCUCUGAAUGAUAUUUUGCUUGCCUGAAGUCCAUUGAGUCCCAGGGAUGUGAAGCCUUUGGGAUCAAGGGCAAAUGUGCUCCUACUUAGAGCACAAGUACUUCCUGCUGGAUUAGGACCAGUCAGCACAAUUGAAUGAAGUUCCUAUGUUUGGGAAAGCCUGGAUAAAAGUCAGCCACUCCCCUCCUGGUAGCCCUGGUGUUGGAGGGGUGUGUGUGUGUGUGUGUGUGUGUGUGUGUGUGUGUGUGUGUGUGUGUGUGUGUUUGGGGAGAAAUGGACAAGCUAUCUCCUCACUUCCAGCUUUAAAGGUAGUGUAGCCUAAACCUAAUAUGAGGGUGGGUAGCAAGGGGGUUAGAUUUAUUGAUCCAUUCCUCGGGAUCAUCAGCCUGCCGUUCCUCAAGAGCUCUGUACAUUGGAUCAUGGACUAUAUGGAAUUCCUGUUAAUGUAGGGAUGGUUUUAUGGAGAAGAAAUCCUCUAGCUUGGGGCUGAGAUUUUCUCAGGUGGUCAUUAAGAUACUGAGUUUUGACACCUGUGAGAGUGCGGUGGUGGGAGGAACAAAACCUGAAACUCCCACAAGAGAAGGCUUUGUCUAAAAGGGACAUUUCUGUUGAGUGGCCCUAGCUGCUGACUACCUUUCUACUCUUUGAUAUCCUGACCUGAAUUCUUGGAGGAGAAAUGAUCCUUUGGAAUUAGACUAAUGGGCCUGGGAGAGGGGGGAUAAAAAAGGAACGUUGAUGCCAAGUUCAUGAUAAACUUUUGAACCUGAAAUAAAACCAUCAGAAUGAUAUAAGUCCAAAACUAGGCGCUUUGCAGAGAUCAGGACAUUGUAUUACCACUUGACCAUUUGUACAACAUUGAGAGACAGAAAAAUAAAAUGGAUGCUUUAAUGUACAAAUAAUAAGUUGAGGAAAUGUGAAUUUGUAAUAUUUAUCCUAGAGGGCCAACCCAACUGUCUUGGUUAACCCAAUUUCCUGGCUGUCAGAAGUAUGAAAGUUUGGUUUUUUU